AUGGAGAUGAUGGACAGCUGCCAGUUCUCCCCGUCCGAGCUCUUCUAUGACAGCUCCUGCCUCUCCUCCCCAGAGGGCGAGUUCCCCGAGGACUUUGAGCCCAGAGACCUGCCUUCGUUCGGCACCCACGAGCCGCCCGAGCCCUCUUGCUCCGAGGAAGAGGAGCAUGUCCGAGCUCCCACUGGCCACCACCAGGCCGGCCACUGCCUCAUGUGGGCUUGCAAAGCCUGCAAGAGAAAACCCACCACAAUGGACCGUCGGAAGGCGGCCACCAUGAGGGAGAGGAGGAGGCUGAAGAAAGUGAACCAGGCUUUUGAGACCCUGAAGAGAUGCACCACUGCCAACCCCAACCAAAGACUCCCCAAAGUAGAGAUCCUGAGAAACGCCAUCAGAUACAUCGAGAGCCUCCAGGA